AUUUAAACAAGUUCUAAAAUUACAAUAUUUGUUAAUUUUGAUAAUUUGAAAUCAAAAUUUUUAAAUUUUUUGCGUUAAUUUUAAUUGUUUGAUUUUUUGCGAUUGUUUCAAAUUGACUUGAAUUUCUCUAAAAAAAAUUUUGUCAUCUAAAAAUUUGCUCAAAUUUUUUUAUUAUGUCGACAGAUGCAGAAUUCUGCAAAAUCAACUCUUCUGAUAAAAGGUGGAAGGAUUGUGAAUGAUGAUUACUCUUACAUGGCAGAUGUUUUAAUUGAAGAUGGAGCAAUUGUGUGUAUAGAAGAGAGCCUUGCAGCUCCAAAAGGGGCAGUUUGCAUAGAUGCCACUGGCAAACUCAUUCUACCAGGUGCAGUUGACUCGAGCACUCACUUUGAUUGUGCCACACAACUUCCAUUCAGGUCCAUUGAUGACUUUCAAACUGGCACCAAGGCUGCUAUAUCUGGUGGGACCACUUUAGUUGCAAAUAGCAUUGAGCCAUCCGUGGACCAAUCAUAUUUGGAGGUUUUUGAUGAAUGGCAGAAGAAAUGUGAGAACAGCUUGUGGUGUGAUUGUGUCAUUCAAGUAGGACUCUCCUGGUGGUCUGAUGAGGUCGAGGCCCAAGUCGAAUGUCUGGUUAAGGAGAAGGGAGUUGCCUCCUUCUACAUACCUCUACGAACCACGUACAAUGACGAGGAACUUAUCAAAAUAUUUCACAAGUUGAAAUCUCUUGGUGCUGUACUUCAUGUCUACCCAUACAAUCAUCAGCUUGUGCAACUGAAAUGUGAAAGCUUGUUGCAUCAAGGAAUGUCGGGACCUGAAGCUUGGUUGAUUGCCUGCUCUGAGGAUAUUGAACUUCAGUCAAUCCAUCACUACAUCAUAUUGGCCAAUCAAGUUGGACUUCCACUGUUCAUCAAUUCUGUGACUAACACAAGUGCUGCCCAGUUGGUUGCUAUGAAUCGAGCCGAAGGUAAAAACGUAUUUUGCUCAAUGGAUGUUGCUUCCUUAGUUAAUGAAGAAUCCAAAUUGCUCGAUGCUGAUUGGAAGGUUGCUGCCCAUCAUCUUACUCUUCCACCGAACAGAUAUGAUCAGUACAACAGUGAACGAAUGAUUGGAUAUCUAGCCAACAGCAGCAUCCAGGCUGUAUGUUCAGAGCACAGAUCAUUCACUACAGAACAGAAGGCAGCUGGGAAGGAUAAUUUUUGUUGCAUCCCUGCUGGAGUGGCAUCCGUUCAGGAAAUGGUUCAGGCUCUCUGGGGCCUCACCGUGGGAUCUGGUAAGCUGGAUGCAUGCUGUUUUGCUUCACUAACUUCAUCCUUUCCUGCCAAAUUGUUCAACCUCUACCCAAAGAAGGGUCGAAUUGGUGUCGGGUCAGAUGCUGAUGUCAUCAUUAUGGACACUUCCAAGGAUCAUGAAUUCAACAAUGACAACAGAAUCACAAAAUCAGAUUUUAAUGUUUUUGAAGGAUUGAAGUUAUCUGGAAAGAUUGACGUCGUCAUAAAGUCAGGAGUGGUUGUUGAGAUGAAAAAGGAGGAGCCACAGCCAGUAAGAAGGAAUGGCGCAUACAUCAGGUGUCAACCGUUCUCCGAUGUGGCCUAUGGCAGGAGUUUGUCUAAGACGGUAUUCCAUUCAGUUGUGAGAGAGCCCUACGCCGGGCCAGUGAGUGGAGUUGAUGGGGAUGAUGGCAAGAACAAGGCCCCCUCAUACGCCGCGGGUCAAAGAUCAGACAACUUUUGUAGACCGCCAACGAAGAGUGGUGGGAGAAACAUGCAGGAUACCACACUAUCCAUCAGUGUCGAAGGAACGUAUGCCGACGACCCCGUGAAAUGUCAGAAGCUGGGUGGAUAUCGAGUUAACCAACCACCUGGUGGCAGAACCACCCAGUUUUGGUGAUCAUAAUCAUCAUCACUAUCACAUUUUACAUCAUCUUUAUCUCCAUUUUAUAAUUUUUAUCACCAUUAUGCUAAGUUCAUUGUCGUCAUCUUUACUUUCAUUAUCAACAUCGUCUGUUUUAUCACAAUCACCAUUCUUUUUAUCGUCAUCAUCUUCAUCACUAUCAAAUUUUCACUUAUUUUAAAGCAAAAUGUAACAUCCAUUUCAAAUAGCUUUAUAUUAAAAUAUUCUCUUUGUUGGAUUUUUAAUUUAAAUGUUAGCGUUUCAUUUUAAUGUAUUUUUCUUACAUCUUUUUUUUUUACAGAUUUUAUUAAUGAUUAUUUAGUUAUAUUUAUACACAAGUUUAGUAAUUUUUAAGCUCGCUGCUUUUAAAUAUAACAUAUUUUUAUAUAUUAAUUUUUUUCUUUUGCAUGCAUUACAAAUUUAUUAAAAUCUACAUAAUAAAGAUGAUGGUUAUUAUUAACUCUACAUAAUAAACAAUUUGGUUCUAUUCAUUUUUGUUGUUAAGAAUACCUCUAAGUCAUUUUUUAUAGAUGUGUUCUCGGCAUUUUUACUAGUUUUACUCCUUCAUUCGUUCAUUCAGGCUUUCAACCAUCACAAUAUUGCAAAAAUUAUCUUACCGACAGAAUGGGCCACGUUUUAUUAUAACUCCAUUAUAACAUUAGUAAUUGUUUUAUGGAUUCUUAUUUAAUGAACAAAUUUUACAUAUUUUAUAUUAUUUUUUAUACAAUCAUGAGCGUCUAAAGACCACUGGAUGUGAAUGUGUCUUGCUCUCAAGUGCUGUUAUGGUUGAAUUCACUUUUAUAUGAAAUUUUAAUUCUUUAAUUAAAAUCAUAAAUGUAAUUCAACGCGAUUUAUUCAAUUUAUAAUAUUCAAUUUAGUUGGCUUUACAUUAUACUAGAUCUAAAGAGUGUCGAAACCGACACACUUAAUCAUAAUUUUACAUCGUUAAAUUGUGCCUGGUCGAAAGAUGCAAGUUGUCUUAUCAUUUUUUAUAUUCCUCUGUGACUUCACAAAUUAUUUAAUUUUGUUCGUUUUAUUUUAGUUCUUACUGUAUAUUCGUUAUAUUCAAAAUUAUUUGAUAUAUUUUAAUUUUUGUCAGCUUUCAUCUCGUCUGAAAUAAGUUUUCAUUUUAAAUUUAAACUGUUGUUGACUAUCUAUUUCCUUCCAUUUUUCCCCUCAAAUUUUCUUUCAGGGUUGUGUUCAAAAAUUGUACUACAGACUCGGUUCAGUUCUUGUGCAUUUAAUUCAUUACUUUUACUAUAUUAGAUUAGUGGUUACUAUUUUAAUAAUUAAAUUGCGUAAUUAAAUUACAUGGUUCUGUUGAUUUAUUUCUUGAGCAAUAAAAAAACUGGAGGC